AUGGGCACUGACACCUUUAACCAAGUUAAAAGCAAGCCCAAAGGGAACUUCCGGAUGUUAGAAAAUUUGAUUUCUACUCACCUGCCAUCUCACCUCAUUGUCCUCUGCUCUCGCCACCGGCGAACGAUCGCACAGAAGUCAGUCAGCGUCAGGCCAGGAGGACUCACUAAGAGUUUCAGUACUGCUUCUGCCGCUAUGCCUGUUAACCGAAGCAGCUUCAGCUCCAUGUCCAUGUCCCGCAGCAGUGGUGAAGGCGUGGGACGGAUCAGUGGUGGUUUUGGCAGCAGGAGCCUUCACAAUCUAGGAGCAAGCAAGAGGAUUUCCAUGAGCAGAGGGUAUUGUUCUGCUAGAUCAGGAUACAGUUAUGGCUCAGGUCAUGGCGGGUUGGCUUAUAGAGUUGGUGGAGCUGGGUUUGGGUUCGGAGGAGGAUGUGGCCCUGCAGGUAUUCAAGAGGUCACGGUCAACCAACACCUCUUGGUACCUCUUAACUUGGAGAUUGACCCCAACAUGCAGAGAGUGAGGCAGGAGGAGAAGGACCAGAUCAAGUCCCUCAACAACAAAUUUGCUUCCUUCAUCGACAAGGUGCGGUUCCUGGAGCAACAAAAUAAAGUGCUGGAAACCAAAUGGAGCCUCUUGAAAGACCAAAAAAUCGUGAAAAAUAACGUUGAACCUAUGUUUGAUGCGUACAUCAGCAACAUGAGGAGACAGCUCGAGGCUCUAGGAGGGGAUAGGCUGCGGCUCAGCUCAGAGCUGAAGGCUAUGCAGGAUGCUGUUGAAGACUUCAAGUUCAGGUACGAAGAGGAGAUCAACAAGCGCACGACUGCAGAGAAUGACUUUGUUUUGCUCAAGAAGGAUGCGGAUGCUGCCUACGUGAACAAGGUGGACCUGGGGACCAAGGUGGAUGCACUGACAGAUGAGAUUAACUUCCUGCAAGCCCUCUACGAAGCAGAGCUGUCUCAGAUGCAGUCACAGAUCUCCGACACCUCUGUGGUCCUGUCCAUGGACAACAACCGAAACCUGGACCUGAACAGCAUCAUCGCAGAGAUCAAAGCGCAGUACGAGGACAUCGCCAACCGGAGCCGGGCAGAGGCCGAGUCCUGGUACCAGAGCAAGUAUGAGGAGCUGCAGCUCACGGCUGGCCGGCACGGUGACGACCUCCACAACACCAAGAUGGAGAUCUCAGAGAUGAACCGCAUGAUCCAGCGGCUCCAUUCGGAAAUUGAUAGUGUAAAGAAACAGUGUUCCAGUUUGCAGACAGCCAUCGCAGAUGCUGAGCAGCGCGGGGAGAUGGCUGUCAAGGAUGCCAGGGCAAAACUGGCUGGCCUGGAAGACGCUCUGCAGAAAGCCAAGGCAGACCUGGCCCGGCAGCUCCGUGAGUACCAGGAGCUCAUGAACGUCAAGCUGGCCAUGGACAUCGAGAUCGUGACCUACAGGAAGCUGCUGGAGGGCGAGGAGAGCAGGCUGGCUGGAGAAGGCGUUGGUGCAGUGAAUAUUUCCGUGAUCUCAUCCGGGAGCAGCUACGGAGGUGGGAACACGCUGGGGCUGGGGUCAGGCUUCAGCAACAGGCUCAGCAUGGGGGGAGGCGGUGCCAGCUCCAGCAGCGGGAGCUGCCUGGCCGGGGAAUUCAGCUCUGCCACGGGAAGCAGCUCAAGCAUGAGGUUUGUAUCGAAAAGCACCACCAAGAAGAGCUAUUGGAGCUAA